UAUAAGAUCGAGCUAAUGGUUGCAAUUAGCAUCAGUUCAGCGCUAACCAUUGAACGGGAAUCAAUCAAAACAACAAAACACAAUCAAUAUGAAGUUCUUCUCAGUUGUCACCGUCUUCGUGCUGGGUCUUUUGGCUUUGGCCAAUGCCACUCCCCUAAAUCCUGGCAAUGUGAUUAUCAAUGGCGACUGCCGGGUCUGCAAUGUGAGGGCCUAGGAAUCCGGACGAUGACCCUUAUCACCUGGCUAAAGCAUCAUCCACACAGCCAAAAAUAUGUUCAAUAGUUUUACAAUAGAAUUAACGUACACAUCACAAAACUAAAAAAACAUGUUAAACUUUGAAAAUUAAACAAAUGAUAAAAAU